UAUAUGUUUCAUAAUAUUAAAUACCAUAACCUUAAAUUAUCAAAUUUCUUAUACAUUUGUUAAAAGAUAUUUAUGAUAGAUAUAACAUUAUGAUAGAUACAAAAGAAACAAUUAUACACAAAUUUAAUACAGAAUUAGGAAAUGAUUUAAGAGGACUUAAUAAAAUAUAUGAAUUUCAUCAAUAUCUUAAUACUCAGAAAAAUGAAAUUCAAAAAUCACUGUCAAUGGCAUCCAGUGAAGCUCCAUCAAAAGUAAAGGCAGUUAUAGAAAAUGUUGAAAAAAUAGAUAUUGAAUUUCAACAAUUACAAAAAGUUUUUACCGAAUUUAGAGAGAACAUACAAGAAACAAUGCAUGAAAAUGAUAAAAGUUUAGAAAUGCAAAAAAUUAUCAAUGUUAUAACUUAUUUAAACAAAUCCUUAUCAUAUUUGAAUUUUAUAAAAUAUGUUGAAAACAUUAGCGAUGAAAUACAAGUAUCUUUAACAAAUGGUGAUGAUGAAUUAACUAUCUCAUUAUAUGUAGAUCUUACAAAUAUUAGUUGUCAAUUAAGAUCAUCAACUUGUCAUUAUCUCCAAAAUUAUGUAAAAGAAACUUUAUAUUUUUGGCAUAAUCUUAUAAAGGAUAAAUUAUCAAAAGAAUAUAAUGAUAUAUUAAAAGGAUUAAAAUGGCCUUUCUGCGGUAAUAAUGCAAGUUCUUUACAUAUUCCUGUACCAGAAAUAUUAAUGAAAUUUAAAAUACUUACAGAAUAUUUACUUCAUUUACAAUUACCAGAAGAAACUGCAAAACCUGUAGUAACAUCAGUGUUAUUAACAGAUUUUACUCCUGUGAGUUUACCAAUUUCAUUAUUGGUACGGCCACUUAGACAAAGAUUUAUAUAUCAUUUCACAGGUUCUAAAUUAACAAAUCGGCAAGAUAAACCUGAAUGGUUUUUUACUCAAAUAUUAACUUGGAUUAAAGAUCAUGUACAAUGGAUACAAAAAAAUGUACAACCUGCUGCAAAUUCAAUAGGUCUUAAUCAUUUAGAUAUGAAGGUAGAAUUUAUGCGAGCUUUGAUACAAUUAGCAGUUGAAAAGCUUCAUUCCGAAUUAUCGAUAGUACAAUAUGAUGAUGCUUUAUUUGCUCAUUUAGUUGAUGAAGCUUUAGGUUUUGAACGAGAAUUGAGAGAAACAUUAUUUUAUCCUUCAACUCAACCAGCUACUGUUUUUGUACUUACACAAGCUCAUAUUUUUGUAAAGUGGAUUAAUAUGGAAAAAAAAUAUGCAACUGAAAAAAUGGAUGCCAUUUUAAGUUCAAAUACAGCUUGGGAAAAAUUAUCGAGUUCUGAUAUUGAUGAUAUGAAAGCAGAUGCUUUUUUAACGCUUCUUUCUACAAUUUCUGAUAGAUAUAAACAUUUACCUCAACCAGGACACAGAUUACAGUUUCUUGAAUUACAAUUAGAAUUAAUUGAUGAUUGGAGAGUUCGAUUACUUCAAUUAUUACAUGAAAAUUAUGAAGAUCCUUUAACAUCUCUUAUGCCAUGUAUUCUUAAUACAUUAUAUUAUGUUGCAACUGUUCUAGAAGAGUGGGGUGUAACAGUGCAUUUUUUGCAAUUAUUCUUUUUUAAGAAACAAUUUGAAGCAGUUGAAACUGCUACAUUAAAAGGAAAUGAUAUAACUAAAAAUAUAGGAGAAAUUGAAGGUUCUGUAUUUGAUGAAGCUGUUGCACUUUUAAGAAGAUUAGAAAAGACAUUAAUAAAUGAAAUUAGCGAUUCCGUAGGUUUAGAUGUAAAAGCAAAGAGUAGAUCAUAUAGAACAGAUAAAUGGUUUGCAAUGCAAUCUACCAAAGAAGUGGUGUCCUUAUCUGUCACACCAACUGGUUAUUCCAUGUUUCAAGAAUUAGCUACGCAACUCAAUUUAUUGCAUAAUACACUUGCUUUACCUUUAUUUGAGCAGGCUUGGAAAAAUUUAGCUUCACAAUUUGAUCAAUUUCUUCUAGAAGAAGUCGUUCUAGUAAAUCAUUUUAAUAUGGGUGGAGCUGAACAAUUACAAUAUGAUAUUUUUAGAAAUCUAUUUCCAUUAUUUGGUUUAUACAUCAAUAAACCUGAAUCAUAUUUUCCAUUGAUUAAAGAAGCAUGUAUUUUAUUAAAUAUCAUGUUAGGUUCUGCAAUAUUACUUGUUGAGGCUCUUAAUAAUAAUGAUGAAAUUAUCACAAAUGAAAUACUAGCAGAUAUCGGUGUUUAUAAAAUGUCUCCUGAACUUGCUUUAAAAGUAAUUGGAACAAGAACAGAUAUAACUUAUGUGUAAAGUGCUUUCUUUAUACUAAUCCAUAAGAAAUUAAAAAUUUAUUUAAUUUUGUAUA